AUGACCGACGCAGCACCAAGACGUAGCGCCCGAAACGCAGGAAAUCCAGCUCCCGCUGCCCACGCCCCUAGCCCGGCUCCUGCUGCUACUAAACGCAAAUCCACCUCCAACGACAAACCCGCCUCAGCUGCUGCCACUGAGAAGAAACCCAAACCCACCCCCUCUGGCGCCCUCACCAUCGGCUCCCCCCUCCCCUCUCUAACCCUCAAAACCCAAGACGGAACCCCCAUUAGCACCACCUCUCUCACAUCAACCGUAAUCUUCACCUAUCCACGCGCAAACACAUCAGGCUGUACAACCCAAGCCAAGCUAUUUCGUGACAAUCACUCCUCUUUCACUUCCUCCUCCUACGCCAUCUACGGUCUAUCCAACGACAGUCCCGCUUUGUUGAAGAGUUGGAAAGAGAAACAAAGCUUUCCUUACAACCUCAUCUCUGAUCCGAAAAGGGAGUUGAUUAAGGCACUGACUGGGUCGGAUGAUAAGACGAGAAGAAGUCAUUUUGUGAUCGAUGGGGAGGGGAGGUUGGCUUUUGCGGAAUUGAGUGUCAAGCCGGUAGAGAGCUGGGAGAGUGUUUUAAAGUUCGUUCAGAAGAAGUAG